UGUCUGCUCUUUAAGAGGAGGUUCCCCCCUCAGCCUAACAACAGUCUGACAACAGUCCCACCGGAGAAGCAGCUGCCGACUCGGACGUGAUCUCUCCUCACCUGGAACCUCAGGUGAGCCUGAUGGAGCUACAGCUAUGACAGGACGUUUGGACUCCGUCAUCACAAACAUUGUGGAGGUAUUCAUAGAGUACGCUGAAGAGGAGGGCAAAGGAAAGAAACACAAGCUGAGCAAAGAGGAGCUCAAGUCAGUGUUGGAUCAUGAAAUCCAAAGUUCUGAGCUAAAAGGUGAAAUCAACACGGACGACAUCGAGCAGGCCAUGGAGAUGCUGGACAAAAACCACGAUGGCGAGGUCAACUUCCGCGAGUUUUGUCGGUGCGUCUGCGACCUCGCCAAGUGCUACUACCAAAAGAAGACGGGCCGAGGUGGCAAGAAAGGGAAGGGGAACGAACAGGAGGGCGAAGCAGCAGACUGAAGAAGAAAGAAACCUUCAGAUAAUCCAGAUUUAAACUAUCUUUGAACAGACGCUGGUGCUAGUGUGUGUUAAUAUGCAUGCAAAGUGUCAUAUUUACCAUCUCUGUCUCUUAAUAAACUGAUUUUCGGAGCGCUUUUCAUGCACGCCACACUGAAAAUAAAGAGAAAGUCUGACCUGC